AACGAAGUGGCCAAUCGGGAUUUGAUUGAGGAGGCCUCAGAUCUUGACGACAAGCUCCAGGACCUAGGAGAUGUUACAUACACCUGGAUUCCGCGAUCGCGAAAUACGGAUGCUGACCGUCACUGCAAUGAGGUAUUGGACGACAUGGAGAAAGCCAAAGAUUACCAGUGAGCAGGGUAUGGUGGCGAAAUAGUGAACAAGAAGCAGUGGUUGAGGAGCGCUUUGACAAGGCGCUUCUCGAAGCUUACAACAUGCCUGUGUCAACUCGUCCGACCCUGAACGACACCACCAGGAUACAAUGGGUACGAUAGUUAAGACGAAGAACAUGUAUAUGACGGCAGUCUUUCUCAAGGAGCACUUGCAGUUCUUCAUAUAUACAUCCCUUUCGAUAUUAUUGCAUGAAUAAUCGCCAACAUCAUGCUAUGUAUCUUCCAUCUCUACCAUAGCUGAUACCGUGGGAAUGAAUGCUCCUUUUCACCGUGCAUGGCCUCUUCCCAGAAGCGCACCCCGCGGAGUCGCCCGUGUAGUUGCAGCUUAAUUGGGAUAUGGUCACGUAGAGUCAGCAUUGUGUCAAUUUUCUGGCUAACUUCAUUAUCAAUGGGAUCACAGAUCUGGGGAGUGCUCGCAAGUUUGUCCAGGUCCAUGAGGAUGUCAGCGGGGAUCACUGAUGAAGCCUCAUCAGUUGUAGUGUCAAAGCCAGCAUCUUCAUUUGUAACCACUUUGGUAUGCUCAUCAUCAAGUUCCUGUAUCAUGAUUACAUCGUUUAUCGCCGGCAAGCAGAUGUAUAUGAACAGGAGAUACAGGGUCUGGCGUUCCUUUAAGAUGCGGUCAUGCUCCACCGACCGUUGGUAUAUUGGUAUAGGACUGAAUAUGACCACUGCUUCAUGGCAUGGACCUUCUGGGACCGGACUUGGAGCAACUGUUCAACUAUUGCAAGCGCCGCUUCACCCUCAAGACACCCCCAUCAGGUGUUCCCUGAGGACGACAAGCUUCCUGAGGACGAGGAGCUCCCUGUGUGAGAUUCGGAAAGACCGACCCUACACUUUCAUCCAGCACAUAUACAGCCGUGAUCGGCCUGCUGCUCAACGCCCAACUUCAUUUUGCUGUUAUAAGGGAGGUGAUGUUCUCUUUCUUUGGAAAAGAGCCGUUCUAUACGUUCUUUCAGGCGCAUGUUGUGCCCGUAAACGACCCUUCAUCGCCUUCGUCGCCAGUUACUCUAGAUCCCCAUCCUUCAGGCACCCCUAUGGAAUCUGUCGAGUUAACACCCCCUCUGGCUCCAGGUUUCGAGGAUACUGUCAGCGCGCCGUUUGGGAAGGAGAUGCAAAUCACAAUCCACCGCAGUGCCAAAGAUAUCCUGCAGGAGUGGUACAAUGUUGUCCCACCGCUUGUCAUCUUCUUUCUGUUCACCUCUCGUUCCUACUAUAAAUUUGAUCUAGGGAGACCAGAUGUGAUUGAUUCCGCAAUCAAACGGCUCUGCGAAACCCAUUACUUCUUGGAUUUGGAUCAGGAUAAGAUCCAUGCCCUGGAGCCUGAUAAAAUAUUGGAAAAAGCAUUUGAUAAGCCACAUUAACUAUAUAAAUAUAUAAAAUUAGAAGAAAGAAUUUUGAUUC